CGCAUGCGCACGGGUUCGCCGCCAUCUUCUGUUGCUUCCCUUUUGUCCGUGACCGGGGGAGAGGAGCUAGGCGGCUGCAUAUUAUUCACCGAAUUGCGUCCGGAGGAAUAUAGCGAAGCCUAAAUACUGCGACACCGCACCAUAGCGCAACACUCCCCGGGUGUUUCCCUUCUCUCGGGGCUCGGUAUUUGAAAAGCACGACAAUGGACGACGAGCAGCCCAAGACACUGUAUGUUGGGAACCUGUCCCGGGAUGUGACUGAGGCACUCAUCCUGCAGCUCUUCAGCCAGAUCGGACCCUGCAAGAGCUGCAAAAUGAUAUCAGAUACAGCAGGCAACGACCCAUACUGUUUUGUGGAGCUCUAUGAGCACAGACACGCCGCUGCCGCCCUGGCUGCCAUGAACGGCCGUAAGAUAAUGGGUAAGGAAGUCAAAGUUAACUGGGCCACGACUCCAAGCAAUCAGAAAAAAGACACGAGCAAUCACUUCCACGUCUUUGUUGGAGACCUCAGCCCUGAAAUCACCACAGAGGACCUAAAGGCAGCCUUUGCACCUUUUGGGAGAACAUCCGAUGCACGCGUGGUGAAAGACCCAGCAACUGGAAAAUCCAAGGGUUAUGGCUUUGUGUCUUUCUUCAACAAGUGGGACGCUGAGAACGCCAUCCAGCAGAUGGGUGGCCAGUGGUUGGGUGGCAGGCAGAUCCGGACCAACUGGGCCACGAGAAAGCCCCCAGUUCCCAAGAGUGGUCAUGAAGCAAACACCAAGCAGCUGUCCUUCGACGAUGUGCUAAACCAGUCCAGUCCCAGUAACUGCACGGUGUACUGUGGUGGGGUCUCCUCUGGGCUUACAGAACAACUGAUGAGGCAGACAUUUUCCCCAUUUGGCCAAGUCCUGGAGAUUCGCGUUUUCCCGGACAAAGGGUAUUCUUUUGUGAGGUUCAACUCCCACGAGGCGGCGGCACAUGCCAUCGUGUCUGUCAACGGGACCUGCGUGGAGAACUACGUGGUGAAGUGCUCCUGGGGGAAGGAGACCCCAGACACGGCCAGUCCCCUGCACCAGGUCCCCGUGCCCCCGCAGAACAAGGUGGGCUUUGCCGCCCAGCCCUACGGCCACUGGGGUCAGUGGUACAGUGGCACCCAGCAGAUCGGGCAGUACGUGUCCAGCAGCUGGCCGGUACCCGCCUACGGGGUGUACGGACAGGCGUGGAACCAGCAGGGCUUCAAUCACCUGCAAGCAGGGGCCGGCUGGACAGGCAUGGGCGCGGCGGUCAACAAUGGUGGGAUGGUGGAGCCCACCGCCGCUAUGAAUGGAAGCAUGCUCCCUAACCAGCUGAGCCUGGGGGCCGGCGGGUACCCUACCCACUGAUGGCUGUCUGCAAGGCCGUGGGCUGCCACUCAAACUUGUAUAUAUCCUUUUCGAUCUGCAACAAUUAAAGGACUGGUGAGGAGCUCAAAUCAGUUGUGAACCUGAAUUUUUCAUGACGCUUGGAUUGGAUGCUGUUGCCAGAUGUUUUUUUUUUUGGCCUUUUGAGGACUGGAGUCCAGGGAUUGGCUCACGAGAUGUUUGACCUGGUGUCAGACCAGCUGUACAGGGAGGGGGGCUGUGCCAUUUUUAAUUGGCUGCUUAAUUAAGGGCAGCUGGCUUCUUCUAGAGUAGUUCUUUUCUGGUGAUUUGUUCAGUGACGUUUUUAAACACCCGCUCUUUUACCGAGUGAGUCUGAGCUGGUUGUAGGUGUCUGACAUAUGACACCAGCCGGGUCCGAAGUCCGGUUCCCUGGAAUGUGGUCAGACUGCGUGGGGUGCAGUGCUGCCACCUUUCUUCAAGGCUGAUAAAUGUUGCAGUUAAAAUGUUCCGCAGUGUUCUGGCUGGAAGGCUGUGAGUUCAGUACAUAAAUAACCCAGCAUUGCCUCUUACAUCUAUGGCUGUAAAAAUUAUGGUGAACAUGCGCACCUCAUUAUGAAAGCUUGCUUUGAGUCAUUAGCUUAAUAUAUGCUGUAAUUAGCAACACUGCUACAUGCUGGUCCUUUCAGAGUUAAGGACAGUACCACCUGCAGUUCCGGGGGUGGGGGGGAGGGGUGGGUGCUUACAUUGCUACGCGGUGCUAUAUACUCAAACGGCAAAGCAGGUUGAAUCAUCUAAAUCAUUCUUUGUUUCUGAAGUAGCAUUAUUUAGUGUUUUGUAAAAUCCCUGAAUGGAUUAAAACUGCAGUGUUGCCCCUUCAUCGUUUUGUGGGGGGGGCAGCGUUGGACAUGCCAACCUGUUGCCUUAUUUUGAGUUUUUAUGCUGUCUUUACAAAUAGGCGGUGCCUAUGGAUCUUUUAAAAACCUUCUUGAAAAGAGGAUUCCUCACCUUUUUGUGGUCCUUCGGGAUUGUAGCGCAUUCCUGUGUUUGGGUUGAGAUGCUCCAUCUGCUUGUUUGUUUAUCUUUUUAUUUUGCCCCCAUAAAUGGAUAUGAUUUUCACAUUUUAUUUAACGUUGCUUUUUUUUUUGUAUGCAAAAAUUAGGCUGGACUGACUGGGUCAGUAAACGUGUUUGGUACUUUGAAGUGGCUUUUCAGUUGCUGUAAUUUGUGAAAUCUUCGUAAUAAAGGGGACACCUGACGAUA